GCGAGCGGCCCGCGCGCAGAGCCCGUCGCCGUCCGUGGAGCUUGGCGGCCCGGUGCCCUCGGAGGCUCGCGGAACUGCGGGAUGGCGCAAAGGAGGGACACGCAGUGUUGGCGCCUGCUGUGGCUGCUUUCCAUCUCCGUGCUUCUCCCCGCUGUCACCCGGACCCGCUCCGCGACAGAAUUGGCUUCCCAGGGCCACCUGGACCUCACGGAGCUCAUCGGCGUCCCGCUGCCCUCGUCCGUGUCCUUUGUCACUGGCUAUGGUGGCUUCCCGGCCUACAGUUUCGGGCCUGGUGCCAACGUCGGCCGCCCGGCCAGGACCCUCAUCCCACCCACCUUCUUCAGGAACUUUGCCAUCAGCGUGAUGGUGAAGCCCAGCAGUGCCCGAGGCGGCGUGCUCUUUGCUAUCACAGAUGCCUUCCAGAAGGUCAUCUACCUGGGCCUGCGGCUCUCAGGGGUGGAGGAUGGCAGCCAGCGGGUCAUCCUCUACUAUACGGAGCCCGGCUCCAAGGUGUCCCACGAGGCUGCCGCCUUCCCGGUGCCCGUGAUGACCCAUAGGUGGAACCGCUUUGCCAUGGUUGUCCAGGGGGAGGAAGUGGCCCUCCUUGUGGACUGCGAGGAACACAGCCACGUCCCCUUCCCGAGGUCCUCCCGGGUCUUGGCCUUCGAGCCCAGCGCGGGAAUCUUCGUCGGCAACGCAGGAGCCACGGGGCUGGAGAGAUUCACUGGGUCUAUACAGCAGCUCACCAUCCACCGUGACCCCAGGACUCCCGAGGAGCUGUGUGAAGCUGAAGAAUCCUCGGCGUCAGGAGAGACCAGCGGGCUUCAGGAGACAGACAGAGUAGCUGAGAUCUUGGAAGCCGUCACCUACACUCAAGCCCCGUCUAGAGAAGCAAGAGUUGGCCCCAUAAACACACCUCCAACCCUGUCUUCUCCCUCUGAGGAUGCAGAGCUUUCCGGUGAACCUGUACCUGAGGGGCCCCAGGAAACCACCACCAUGAGCACCGUCCCGCACAGCAGCCCCAAGCAAGGGUCUGGUGAGAUCCUGAAUGACACACUGGAGACAGUUGAUACUGUGGAUGGUUCCCCCAUUACUGACACUGGCUCGGGGGAUGGGGCCUUCCUUCAUGUCACUGAAGAGGGUCCAGAUAACGAAGAAGGUUCAGCAGCGACAGCAGCAGGGGAGGCCGAGGUGCCCGUCAGCAGUGCCGGGGAAGCAGAGGCCAGCAGUGUGCCCAGCGGGGGACUGACCCUCUCCAUGCCCACUCAGGACCCUGGGGAAGGGGUCACUUUGGGUCCAAUCAGUGAAGAAAGCUUAACAAUAGCUACAGCAAAAGUGCCCCUCAGCACUUUUGAGGAAGAGGAGGCCAGCGGGUUCCCCACUGAUGGCCUGGUUCCCCUCACAGCCACAGCGGCCCCCAAGCAAGUAGUCACUUCUGGUCCUGGUGAUGAAGACUUAGCGGCAGCCACAACAGAGCAGCCCCUUCCCACGGCUGGGGCAGAAGAGUUGGGUGGCGCUCUCCCUGAGGGGCCCCCGCUUCCCAUACCCACAGUAGUUCCUGAAAGAGGAGUCCCUCCGGGUGAAGCUGGGGAGGGGCUUCCUGACCCCCUUGGACCUGCUGGACCCACGGUGGGAGUGGAGGCUGAGGGCUCCAGCCUGGGCUGGGGCUUGGACGUCGGCUCUGGUGACCCAGUGCCCAGCGAGGAGCUGUUAAGAGGUCCUCCAGGUCCCCCAGGCCCACCUGGCUUACCUGGGAUUCCAGGAAAACCAGGAACUGAUGUUUUCAUGGGACCCCCUGGAUCCCCUGGAGAAGAUGGGCCUGCUGGUGAACCUGGUCCCCCGGGCCCUGAGGGAAAGCCUGGACUUGAUGGAGCCUCCGGCCUUCCUGGAAUGAAAGGGGAGAAGGGAGCAAGAGGACGUAAUGGCUCAUUUGGUGAAAAGGGUGAUCCCGGCAACAGAGGCUUACCAGGACCCCCAGGGAAAAAUGGACAAGUUGGCGCUCCUGGGGUCAUGGGACCCCCAGGGCCCCCUGGACCCCCUGGGCCCCGAGGCCCUGGAUGUACAAUGGGACUUGGAUUUGAGGAUACUGAAGGCUCUGGGAGCAUCAGGCUGUUGCAUGAGCCCAGAAUCUCUGGACCAACGGCUUCAAGUGGUCCCAAAGGAGAAAAAGGAGACCAGGGACCCAAGGGUGAAAGAGGGAUGGAUGGAGCCAGCAUUGUGGGACCCCCUGGGCCCAGGGGGCUACCAGGGCGCAUCGAGAUCUUAUCUAGUCCUUUGAUCAACAUCACCCAUGGAUUCAUGAAUCUCUCAGACAUUCCUGAACUCAUCGGGCCUCCGGGCCCUGAGGGCAUGCCUGGGCUGCCAGGAUUUCAAGGACCCAGAGGACCAAAAGGUGACACUGGUGUGCCUGGAUUUCCAGGACUAAAAGGAGAACAGGGUGAGAAGGGAGAGCCGGGCGCCAUCCUGACGGGGGAUAUUCCUCUGGAAAGGCUGAGGACCCGAAAGGGUGAACCUGGAGAGCGUGGAGCCCCGGGACCGAUGGGGCCCAAAGGACCACCAGGACACAAAGGAGAAUUUGGCCUCCCUGGACGACCCGGUCGCCCAGGACUGAAUGGCCUCAAAGGCGCCAAAGGAGAUCGAGGGGUCAUGAUGCCGGGCUCACCUGGCCUACCUGGUCCUCCAGGCCCCCCAGGACCACCUGGAGCUGUGAUUAACAUCAAAGGAGCCGUCUUCCCAGUUCCAGUCCGGCCACACUGCAAAACUCCAGUUGGUACCACGUAUCCUGGAAAUUCAGAACUCAUCACUUUUCAUGGUGUUAAAGGAGAAAAAGGAUCCUGGGGUCUUCCCGGCUCAAAAGGAGAAAAAGGCGACCAGGGGGCCCAGGGACCACCAGGCCCUGCUGUGGAUCCAACUUACCUGAGACAUUUUCUGAACAGCUUGAAGGGGGAGAACAGAGACAAGGGGAUCAAAGGAGAAAAAGGAGACUCUGACAGUGGCUUCUCUGUGUCAGGGCCCCCGGGCCUGCCGGGAAGUCCAGGCCUGGCGGGCCAGAAAGGGGAGACCAUCAUCGGGCCCCAGGGACCCCCAGGUGCUCCUGGCCUGCCUGGGCCACCUGGCUUUGGGAGACCUGGUUCCCCUGGGCCACAGGGACCCCCGGGGCCACCAGGACCUCCGGCUAUCCUAGGAGCAGCUGUGGCCAUUCCAGGCCCACCUGGCCCUCCAGGACAGCCAGGGCUUCCCGGAUCCAGGAACCUGGUUACAGCAUUUAGCAACAAGGCUGACAUGUUGCAGAAAGCCCAUUUGGUCAUAGAAGGGACAUUCAUCUACCUGAAGGACAGCACCGAGUUUUUCAUUCGUGUCAGAGAUGGUUGGAAAAAAUUGCAGCUGGGAGAACUGAUCCCCAUUCCGGAUGACAGCCCACCCCCCCCUGCGCUUUCCAGCAAUUCUCAUCACCUUCAGCUUCCACUGGCGUCUAUUUCAAGUGUUAAUUAUGACAGACCUGCACUACACUUGGUCGCUCUGAACACGCCAUUUUCUGGGGACAUUCGAGCUGAUUUUCAGUGCUUCCAGCAGGCCAGGGCAGCAGGACUGUUGUCCACCUACGAAGCAUUCUUAUCCUCCCAUCUGCAAGAUCUCUCUACAGUUGUGAGGAAAGCAGAGAGAUAUAGCCUUCCAAUAGUGAACCUUAAGGGCCAAGUACUUUUUGAUAAUUGGGACUCAAUUUUUUCUGGCCAUGGAGGUCAGUUCAAUACACAUGUUCCAAUAUAUUCCUUUGAUGGCCGAGAUGUAAUGACAGAUCCUUCUUGGCCCCAGAAGGUUGUUUGGCACGGCUCCAGCACCCACGGAGUCCGUCUCGUGGAUCAGUACUGUGAAGCGUGGCGAACCGCCGACAUGGCAGUCAUGGGCUUGGCCUCCCCGCUGAGCACGGGGAAGAUUCUGGACCAGAAAGCAUACAGCUGUGCUAAUAGGCUAAUUGUUCUGUGUAUCGAAAACAGUUUCAUGACAGAUGUGAGGAAGUAAUGACCUUCUCAUGAUUCUUAAGAGUUUUCCAAUUUUUUUUUAUGUGAAGAGUUGACACUGAAAUCUAAAAUGUUUAAACGUUGUAAAUAUUAGUUUUUUAUUACACAUUCAUCACAACAGCAACCAAAGAAAACAUACCUCAAUACACUCAAAACUGAAGACAUAAAGGACUCAGAUCAAAGAUAAAAUCUGAUCCAUCUAUUGGUGCUAGAUUCUGCAGGAAACCCAUGCAGUGUAAACACAUCCCAACACGGUUAACAGCAAGUUGAAAACAAAGGCCUUGGCACUCUGCCCACUGCAUCCUUCAGAAAGUGAUUUCCUUCUUUUAACCGUGGUUGAGUGUAAGAUGUCCUUCAUGUUUUCUUACAAAGUCAGUGUUUAGAAGUGUACCCCUUUCUAAGUUAUGUGCAGACCAAAUGUUUUGUUCUUUAAUAUACAUCCAUUGUUUGCAACUGCUAUUCAUACAGAGAAACAGAACUGCUCAAAAUGAUCCUAUUUGUAUUUUCUGAUAUUACCAGACUUUAAUGUUUUUUUUCCUAAAAUAUUAUUGCCAUCUUGCUUUAGGAGUUUUAUAUUUUGACACAACAUAUUUUAGUAUGGCAUCUGUUUAUAUAAAUGACUUGCUGGAAAAGUUUAAACUCCCAAUGAUCUGAAACUAGAGAAGAAAUAGCACAUAAUUACUACCUUUCCUGUGGUGGCCCUUUCCCCACACCCCACCCUGAUUUUAUAACUUCCAUUUGGCAAUGCUUGAAUUAUAACUGCGAUUCAACAAACAGGUUCAUGAGGAUGAAUUUUCUGAGACACGUAUACCUUCAUGCUGUACACUUUGAUUCUUUUUUUUCCAUGUAAGUGAACAUAAAAACAUCUUUUCCAG